AGAUAAGGCUCUGUUUUUUUACUAGCUUCCCUCCUUUUCUCCAAGUGAGAAAUACACACAGCUAUGGCGACGAGCUUUCAUCGUCUUCCUCAGGCGUUGCAUAUAUUACCGAGGAACCUUACGCAAUCAUCGAAGAAUUUAGGGUUUUCUUCGUUUCUGUCAUGCGCACCAUCGAGGGAUUCUCGUGUAUCAGUUUCUAGGCUUUCUCUGAAUCAUUCCGGUUCGAAAUUUGGGUUUUCACUUGAUACUAGGGUGAGAAAGGAGUUUAUCGUUAGAGCAGAAGAUAACGCUGAAGCUGAAUCUGAACAAGCUGUUGGUGAAAUUGCUGAUACGGAAGGUAAUGUAGACGAAGUUGUCGAAUCUGGUGAAGCUAAAGCAACGAGAAAACCAAGGAUCAAGCUCGGAGACGUAAUGGGGAUACUGAACAAGAAAGCUAUUGAGGUUUCAGAGAAAGUGAGACCUGUUCCAGAAAUCAGGACGGGAGAUAUUGUAGAAAUCAAAUUGGAAGUUCCUGAGAACAGACGUAGGCUAUCUAUCUACAAAGGUAUAGUGAUGUCGAGACAAAACGCUGGCAUACACACUACCAUUCGUAUUCGGAGAAUCAUAGCGGGUAUUGGUGUUGAAAUCGUGUUUCCCAUAUACUCUCCCAACAUCAAAGAGAUAAAAGUGGUGAGUCACAGAAAAGUGAGAAGAGCAAGGCUUUACUAUCUGAGGGACAAGCUUCCUCGUCUGUCCACUUUCAAGUGAACACCAUCCUCUGCCACUUUCAAGUGCUCUGAAAGGAUUGUUUGUUUCUUUUCUUAAGCCUGUAAGUCAGUCGUUGUCUGUGCACUCUUGUGGGAAAGUAAAUCAAAGAUUAGUUUAACUUGGUAAGAAAUGUAGACUUGGUCCUUAUUUGAUAACUAGUCUUUUAAA